AUGUUCACUCUGAUUUUGUCUUUCUUGCUCCUGAACAUUCCACUUCAGGUGACUGGUUUUAUUUAUCCCACCUGCUCUUGGAGAAUAAAAGAGAAUAAAGACAAGAGUGGAAACGAGAGAAUUGGCUGUUUCUUCUUGAUUCAAGCAGUACAAAAGCCUGUGGAGAAAGAGUAUUUCAGUCAUUUUUUCAACACACAAAAACACACUGAAAUCCACAAGUAUUCUCUUGUCUUGGCUUUUUCCAUGAUUGAAGUCAACAGGAACCCUGAUCUUUUGCCAAAUAUGUCUCUAGUAUUUUCAUUUCGAGAAAUAAUUUGUGGUUGGCAACCCGAAUUAUCAAUUUUCAUUGAAGUGAAUUUAGAUGAUUAUGGAGUUCUCCCUAAUUAUACCUGUAAAGAUGACAGUCUGUGUGGAGUGGUACUUACAGGAUUAAACUGGGCACCAACUCUGUUACUUUAUACAAUCCUAAACAACUUCAAAUCUCAGCAGUUCCCUCAUCUUACUUACGGACACUAUCAUCCUGUUCCGAGUGAUCAUGAAAAUUUUCCCUAUCUAUAUCAGAUGGCCUCUGAUGAUACAUCUCUAGCCCUUGCCCUGGUCUCAUUCAUAAUUCAUUUUAGUUGGAACUGGAUAGGGUUGGCCUUCUCAGACAAUGAUCAAGGGACCCAUUUUCUCUCUUAUUUGAAAAGAGGGAUGGAAAAAAAUGCAGUCUGUCUUGCUUUUGUGAGCAUGAUCCCAGUCGAUAUGCAUUUAUACAUGUCAAGAGCUGAAGUGUAUUACAGCCAAAUCUUGACAUCAUCCGCAAAUGUUGUUAUCAUUUAUGGCGACACAGGCAGUACUUUAGCUGUGAGUUUUAGAAUGUGGGAAUCUCUAGGUUUACAGAGAUUAUGGAUCACCACCACACAGUUGGAUGUCACUCCUAGCAUGAAAGAAAAUAUAUAUGGGUUAUUUGCUUUUGGACACCACCAUGGUGUGAUUUCUGGUUUUAAAAAUUUUGUCCAGACAUUGAAUCCUGUCACAUACUCAAAUGACAAUCUGGCAAAGCUGGAAUGGAUGCACUUUAACUGUGAAGUCUCAGCAUCGAAAUGGAAGACACUGAAGAACUUUUCAUCUAAUCACUCACUGGAAUGGCUAAUGGAAAAUACUUUUGAAAUGACCUUUAGUGAAGGAAGUUAUAACAUAUACAAUGCUGUGUAUACUGUUGCGCAUGUACUUCAUAAGAUGACUUUUCAAAAGUUUCAUAAUCUGCCCAAUGCCAAAGGGAAAGUACAAAAUUAUGUCUGCAAUAAGCUGGGUGCCCCUCUGAGAAAGAUCCACUUCACUAAUCCAGUUGGGGACAGAAUAAAUAUGAAUCGAGAAGACAAACUGCAGGAAGAAUAUGACAUUUUCUACAUUUGGAAUUUUCCACAGGGACUUGCAUUUAAAGUGAAAAUAGGACUAUUUAGUCCCUAUUUUAUAAAUGGUCAACAGUUACAUUUAUCUGGAGAUAUGAUAGAGUGGGCAAGAGGAAGUACACAGAUGCCGACCUCUGUGUGCAGUGCUGAUUGUGGUCCAGGAUUUAGAAAAUUCAGAAAGAAGGAAAUGUCAGCCUGUUGUUUUGAUUGCAGUCCCUGCCCAGAAAAUGAAAUUUCUAAUGAGACAAACAUGGAGAUGUGUGUCCUGUGCCCAGAGGACAAAUAUGCCAACACAGGACAGAAUGACUGCAUUCCAAAAGCUCUUAUCUUUCUCAGUUAUGAAGACCACCUGGGGAUGGCACUUUCUUUAAUGGCCCUGGGCUUCUCUGCAUUCACAGCUGUGGUUCUUGGCAUCUUUGUGAAGCACCACAGUACUCCCAUUGUUAAGGCCAAUAACAGAACUCUCACUUACAUCUUGCUCCUCUCCCUCAUUUUUUGUUUCCUUUGCCCCUUGCUCUUCAUUGGGCAUCCAGACUCGGUCACAUGCAUCCUACAGCAAAUCACAUUUGGAGUUCUAUUCACCGUGGCUAUUUCCACAGUGUUAGCCAAAACAAUUACUGUUAUUCUGGCAUUCAAAGUCACAGCCCCUCAAAGAAUGAUGAAGUACUUUCUUCUUUCAGGAGUAUCUAUGUACAUCAUUCCCAUCUGCACUCUCAUCCAAGUUAUUGUCUGUGCAGUCUGUUUAGGAGUUUCUCCUCCUUCUGUUGACAUUGAUGCUCAAUCUGAGCAUGGUCACAUUAUCGUUGUUUGCAACAAUGGUUCAGUUACUUGUUUUUACAGUGUUCUGGGAUACCUGGCCUGCCUGACCUUUGUGAGCUUCACUCUGGCUUUCCUUUCCAGAAACCUGCCUGGUGCCUUCAAUGAAGCCAAGUCAAUAACAUUCAGCAUGCUGGUGGUCUGCAGUGUCUGGGUUACUUUCCUCCCCGUUUACCAUAGCACAAAAGGCAAGAUCAUGGUGGCUGUUGAGAUCAUUUCCAUUUUGGCUUCCAGUUCAGGGAUGCUGGUAUGCAUUUUCAUUCCCAAAUGUUACAUAAUACUUUUUAGACCAGAAAAAAAUUCUCUUAAAAUGAUCAGGGAGAAAUCACCUUCCCAUACUCACAUUUCAUAA